CAUAACUAGUUUUAAAAUAAGUCCAUUUUGAAUAUCCACUCAAACCACACAAACCGAACCUCUGCAGAGUUUGUAAACUACUCUUAGUGCAACAUACCAAAUAUAAUUCUUUUUUGUUGCAAUUUUCUGGGCAGAUCAGCACGUAUAUUCUCUUUGUUUUCAUGAUCAUUGUUGUGUCAAAAUAAUUUUGUUUUAACAGACAAUUCGUUUGCGCCACUGGUAUUGGACGUUUGGAGGCAUUUAUUGGGUCGAGUUUUUACAGAUGGAGUCGAGGAAGGUGUCUUUAAGUGCUAAUGCUUUGAUUGGAGGCAAAUGGAGACUUGUACGAAAGAUCGGUGGUGGAUCGUUCGGUGACAUAUAUCUUGGACAAAAUAUGUUAACUGGAGAUGAAGUUGCAAUUAAAUUAGAACCUGUGACAGCCCGACACCCUCAGCUGCUUUACGAGAGCCGAGUUUAUCGAGUUUUACAAAACUCAUCAGGAGUGCCGCGGGUUUAUUGGUUUGGACCUGAUGGUGUAAGCAAUCGGUACAAAGCUAUGGUUAUGGAUUUACUCGGUCCAAGUCUUGAAGACUUAUUUACUUUUUGUGGACGUAGAUUUUCAGCAAAAACAGUGUUAACUCUUGCGGAGCAGAUGUUGUGGCGCAUCGAAUGUGUUCACUACAGAGGUCUUAUUCAUAGGGACAUCAAACCUGACAACUUCUUAAUGGGGAUCGGUCCACACUGUAACAGAGUGUUCAUCGUAGAUUUUGGAUUAGCCAAAAGAUUCAGAGAUCAUAGAACAAAAUGCCAUAUUCCAUAUAGAGAUGACAAGAAUUUGACAGGUACAGCACGUUAUGCUAGCAUAAAUGCGCAUGCUGGUAUCGAGCAGUCCAGACGUGAUGAUAUUGAAUCUCUUGGAUAUGUUUUUAUGUAUUUUCUCAGAGGACACCUUCCGUGGCAGGGACUAAAGGCAAAUACUAAAAAGCAAAAGUACGAACGUAUAUAUGAGAAGAAAUUAGCUACGUCACCUGAAGCCCUAUGUAAAGGUUAUCCUGUAGAAUUCGAAAAAUAUUUGCAUUUCGCUCGUGGUCUAGCUUUUGACAGCCUUCCGGAUUAUGUAUUCUUGAGAGGGAUUUUCCGCCGUUUGUUUCAAAGCCUUAAUUUUGUUCUGGAUUAUGUGUAUGAUUGGGCACUUCUGGGUACAAAUUCUUCUAAUACUAAUCAGUCAAUAAUGAAUGCUAAUCCAGAGUGUGAAGAUAAUGCGAAUCAGCAUCAAAAUAAUACAGAAUGUCAGGGAAUCGAUAACACAGUGGGGGCAGCUCAAUGUGCGCUUCCAGCACCUCAAGUAUAUGGAAAUCAUAACCACCAUAAUAUACCUGUCCAGCAAUCACAGCCUCAGCAAGUGCUUCCACAUGCACAUAGCCGUGAAGGAGUUCAGCAAUCAACAUUUCAUUCUCAAUUCGUUAGUCAGUCUGGAAAUUCAGGCACCCAAACCAAUGCGUAUAAUGCUCCUGGCACAAGUGUAGAGUAUGGUAUGCGUUGUAUGCCCACAGAAAUGCGCCGUUAAUUCCUUCAGGAUUAUACAAAUAACUUCUGCCACUUUCAGUUAAUCGCGCGUGGAGAUAAUAAACUCUAUGCUGUCAAAUUUCAUUUCCGCCAUCAUUAAUUGGAAUUUCAACUUGUUUACUCACUGACAAUUAACAUCGUUAUUUACUUGUGAAUAAUAUUUAGAUUCCCACAAAGUUCUCAUGCGCUUUCUCUACCUCUCAUCUCAACUCAAUGCUUUAUUAAAUUGAUUUCAUUUGGGUACUUAUUAAACCUGUACUCAAUACCAUUACGUUUAUGUGAAAUUAACAUGCUCGAACAGAGCACUAUCUUCCAAUGUUAACUUGGUUGACUGUACUUGUAUUCCGGUGUCCACUUUGAACAGGCUGUCUUGCGCUUCAUUGUUUUAUUGGUAUAUUAAAUGAAGUUUAGUGCAUAAUCUUUUGUUCAUACGGUUUCGUGCUGUAGAAUUCUUGUAGUGAGCAAUUUUCAAUAUUACUCAGGUACUUCAGAACUGAUAUAAUUUUCUGUCAAAAGUAUUUUGACACAAACUGUCAAUCAAUUUGCUUGCAGUGUUAUUAUUGUCACUUAAUAUCUGUUGUGUUCGAUCAUUUUUGUAAUACACAUUGCUGAAGGCU